GGCGGCGGCAGCGGCGGCGGCAGCAGCAACAGCGGCGGCGGCGGCGGCGGCGGCGGCAGCCCCGACCUCCUCCUCCUCCUCCACCACCACCUCCUCCUCCACCUCCUCCUUCCCCUGCUUCCUCUAUGUCUGCACAUCCUUUGCACUCCUAGCACUCGGCCGGUGGGGUGUGUGUGUGUGUGUGUGUCUCUGUGUGUCUGUGUGUGAGAAAGAGAGGGAGAGUGUGUAUGUGUGUGCGUGUGUGUGUUGUGUCCGAUGUUCGUCUUCCCCCCGGUGUAGCUCUGAAUGCCUCUCCCCAUAGCCUUAUUUGCCGUUUCUGAAUUUCAACUUGAAGAAGAAAAAAAAGCCAAGGGGGGGUGGGGGAGGGGGGAAGGAGAAUCAACCCCCAAAACGAGAACGGAGGGGGGGGGAAGGGGAGAGAGAGGAGGGGAAAGACGGGGGAGGGGGGGCUGCAAAGAGAGAGAGAGAAAGAAAGAAAGAAAACGGCAGGAACAACAAACCGCACCAGGGCAGCAGCGGCAGCGGCACCCGGAGCCGCCGAGGCAGCAGCAGCAGCAUCGCCCAGGUCCCUCGCUCCGGCUCCCUCCUCCCCCAAACCCGAGCUACCCACCUCCCCCUCCCCUUCCCCCUUCCCCCUCCCCCCUCCCCUUCCCCUCCCUCCUCUCUCUCCCCGGCAGCCCUCUGCGAGAAGCUCCGCUCCCCCAGCACUUUCUGGGCCCUGAGAUAUGGCAAUGGUAGUUAGCAGCUGGCGAGAUCCGCAGGAAGACGUGGCCGGGGGGAACCCAGGCGGCCCCAACCCCGCAGCCCAGCCCGCCCGGGAACAGCAGCAGCAGGCGGGUUCGGCGGCCCCGCACACCCCCCAGACCCCGAGCCAGCCGGGACCUCCGUCCACCCCAGGCACGGCGGGGGACAAGGGGCAAGGCCAGCCCGGCUCGGGCCAAAGCCAGCAACACAUUGAGUGUGUGGUGUGCGGGACAAAUCGAGCGGGGAAACACUACGGCCAAUUCACGCGAGGGCUGCAAAGUUUCUUCAAGAGAAGCGUCCGCAGGAACCUUAACUACACAUGCCGUGCCAACAGGAACUGUCCCAUAGACCAGCAUCACCGCAAUCAGUGCCACUAUUGCCGCCUCAAGAAGUGUCUCAAAGUGGGCAUGAGGGCGGAAGUUGAACGAGGAAGAAUGCUCCAACCCAACCCAACCCAGGGCCAGUAUGCCCUCACCAAUGGGGAUCCCUUGAACGGUCACUGCUAUCUGUCUGUAAUCUCACUGCUGCUGCGGGCCGAGCCCUACCCUACCUCCCGCUACGGCAGCCAGUGUAUGCAGCCCAAAAUCAUGGGCAUAGAGAACAUCUGCGAGCUGGCCGCCCGCCUACUCUUCAGCGCCGUCGAGUGGGCCCGCAACAUUCCCUUCUUCCCGGACCUGCAGAUCACAGACCAGGUGGCCCUACUGCGGCUCACGUGGAGCGAGCUGUUUGUCCUCAACGCUGCGCAGUGCUCCAUGCCCCUCCACGUGGCCCCGCUGCUGGCCGCAGCGGGCCUGCACGCCUCGCCCAUGUCCGCCGACCGGGUCGUGGCCUUCAUGGAUCACAUCCGUAUCUAGGAGCAGGUGGAGAAGCUCAAGGCCUGCACGUCGGACUCCGCGGAGUACAGCUGGCUCAAAGCCAUCGUCCUCUUCACAUCAGACGCCUGUGGCCUGUCAGAUGCCGCCCAUAUCGAGAGCCUGCAGGAGAAGUCUCAAUGCGCCCUGGAGGAGUACGUGAGAAGCCAAUACCCCAACCAACCAAGCCGCUUCGGCAAACUGCUGCUGCGGCUGCCAUCUCUGCGCACUGUCUCAUCCUCAGUCAUUGAACAGCUCUUCUUCGUUCGCUUGGUAGGUAAAACCCCCAUUGAAACUCUCAUCAGAGAUAUGUUACUGUCUGGGAGCAGCUUCAACUGGCCUUACAUGUCCAUCCAGUGUUCCUAGACCCGAGACAACACCGCCCCUGGUCCCUGAGCCCCCAGUAGAGACACAGAGGACGAGGCUUUGGCCAAGGACACCAAACACAGACAGAAACGGUCGAAUUUGUUAACGCCGGGGUGCAAAUGGUGGAAGGUCGGGAGCGAGGGAGGGGAGAGAGGUGAGGGAUCGGAGCAAAACCAACCCAGCAGAAAUAUAUAUAUAUAUAUAUAUAUGUAUAUAUAUAU